GAAGAAGAGAGAACAGAUGAGCAGGUCUCGCGUGGAUGCGAUCCUGCCCAUGUUCGUAACGGUGCACCCUCACGAGACCUCAGCUCUGCUCCACUCCUCCGCCUGCUUCUUCUUCAUUUUGUGCGCUUACUUCGUUGUGCUUCCUCUUCGCGACGAAGGAGCAAUCUCUCUAGGCCUGUCGAAUCUUCCGAGCCUAUUUAUCGGCUCACUGCUCCUCACCUCCGUUGCUGCUCCGCUCGCUACUCUCUUCUUCUCCUUGCCUAAUGUUCCGAAAAGCAAGGCUUUGGUUUUAAUGCACAGGUUUUUUAGUGUGUCACUUGUUGUGUUCUUUGGUCUUUGGCAUGCUUCGUCGGCUGGAUAUUCGCAGUCGCAGUUGAAGGGUGUGGCAUCUGCGUCUGUAAGUGAACCAGAGGGUGAUGUUGUUAAUCAAGCUAGUACUGCACAUCCAAUUGGUUGGGAGCACCUUGAUUGGUUCUACGUCUCUGUUCGAAUUGGAUUGUUCCUUUGGAUUGCUCUACUUAAUCUAAUUACAAUUUCUUCAACUUGGGCUAGAGUAAUCGAUGUUAUGGACAGUGAGUCAGGUUCCAGAUUAUUUGGAUUUAUUGGGGCUGGAGCCACACUUGGACAGCUUUGCGGGUCGUUAUUUGCAACCGGAAUGGCUUUCUUGGGGCCAUUUUUGCUACUGUUUUCUGCUUUGUUGAUGGAGUUUGCUGCACAGUCAUCAAAAGGGAUAACACAUGAUGUACCUCAUCUCCAUGAGGAACUAACACCCAUCAGGACCUGUAAACUGGGUUCUGGAACCUUGUUGCAUGCUAAAACUAAGCAUACUCUGCAGACAAGACCAAGAAUUCUCUCUGCAACAAUUUUAAAAGCUGAACCUGAUCAGCAGAAUGAGCCUGAUGGGCAAACCAAUCAAAAUAUCAAAGGAAAUUCUCCCAAGUCCUCUACUCCGGUGGUGAAGCCUCAGCUUUGGGCCAUCUUAGAAGGAUUUCGGCUUAUAUUGUCAUCAUCUUACUUGUUGUAUGUGUCUUUGUUCCUGUGGCUGAGUGCAGUUGUCUCUUCAUUCUUUUAUUUUCAGAAAGUGAGUGUCAUUGCCAUGACUGUAACUAGUUCUCUUGGAAGAAGAAAAUUACUUGCCGAGAUAAACAGCUUUAUUGCUAUUUUUAUCCUUGCAGGGCAACUUACCAUAACGGGGCAUUUUCUCACUGUUGUGGGAGUUACUACAGCUAUUUGUUCUGCUCCAGUUGUUGCUUUCUCAAAUUUGGUUGCAACCGCUAUUUGGCCAACUUGGGUAGCCAUUGCUAUUUCUGAGACCCUGCGGAAGUUCGUGACUUAUGUUGUAGCCAGGCCUGGCAGAGAACUCCUAUUUACUGUUGUCUCACAGGAUGAGAAGUACAAAGCAAAGGUAUGUAUUGAUGUGUUUGUUCAAAGGCUGGGAGAUGCUACAGCAGCAGGAAUGUACAAGCUACUUUUCAGCACUCUUAAUGGGAGAGCAUCAACUGUGUCUCUCUACGGCCUGCCUGUCUGUUUGUUGUGGAUAGUAAUUGCAUUUCACUUGGGGCGCCGUCAAGCAGAACUUGCAAGGCUCCAGACUCACUCCACUUUAUAAUGUUUUCCAAGUGUUCUAUUGGCCCUUUUUACUGUAGAUAACCUUGUUUAAGAGCUUUUAGGGAUUCAGUUUUGUUAGAUCUUGUAGACGUGACAGAAAGGGCAGCACGCCAUGAUGUUGUUGCCCCCAAGAGGCAGCAUACACUAUAUAGUC